AUGAUCGCCGUGCAGUAUGAUCAGCGAAGGGGUGCCAUCGAGGGCUACCAGAUUCUGGCUAUUCGUGCCAGGGAUGGAAGUGAACCGUGGCUCGCAGAUGCAGAGGUACACGUUCACCACUUCGAGCCCAAGGUCAAGCUGCAUCGCGACAAGCCUGUGGUCGAGUUGAAGCCCACGGGGCAGAUGUUUCGCAAAGGAAAACACAUGAGAUCACUGAGCUUCGGCAACACUAUUCGCGGGUUGGAGCAUCUACUCCAAGAGCCUGUGCUGAAUUUCGACGCCAACCUUCUUUUCUCGGAUCCCCGCUGCAGCGAGGUGAUCCUGGCUAGGCCACUACCUCCUGUCCUAGCCAACGGUCGUAUGGCUGGAGGAUUUCCGUAUGGAUACGUGUGGCCCCCUGUAGCGGUACCAGCCUCCCAUCGCGUCCUGGGAGAGGCCCCGGGUGUUCUGCCUAUCUCGAACCACCGUUUGAUGCCGAUAUCGUCGGGGGAUUACUAUACACCACCGCCGCCGUCGGAGGCAUCGGAUCAGGCAUUCAAGGUCAGACGGUGGAUGGAGCCAGGCGGAUCCGUCAUGGGAGUUCGGCUGGGCGAGGAAACUGUUACAUUUUCGACUCUGAAUCCCUACCUAUACACUCCAACCAAGGAGAGGCCGUACAGGGGUAUCUGGGUGGGUGACUACAGCGGCCACGGGUGCGAGUUUCUGUUGGUGCAUCAGCCAGACUCGGAGAGUGGUGAUGACCAGCCACUCGAGCGUAGUGACGACGAGUCUGACGAGGACUAUGAGAAGAGAUUCCUUCGGGAAAAGGUAUACAAGGGCCGCCUUGAGGCCAUCAAGCUGACGGGCGACCCGAACGUGCCACGCGGUGAGCACACUUUUAUCGCCGAGGACUUGGGAGAAGGCGGAUUUAUAGGCAACUCUGAUGGCCCACCGUUUGAUGGCUGCCGAGUUGUCAAGUCUCGCGGCCAUAUCGCAGCCAUGGGAUUCCGCAACGGUAAGUCUGAUGACUGCACAGCGUGGCGCGACGGUCUACUGACAGCAGCUGUAGACAAGUUCAUGGAAUCCCAGUUGAUUCUUAUCUCGAACGACCGAUUAGCCCAGUACUGGGUCGGGUUUGGCCAUAUCAGCUUCUUUGAGAGGGUAGACAUUGACAAACUAGUGGGGUCCUAA